UUUGGUCAAGAUGGUCCUGACUCCUUGAGGAUGAAGCUUUCCUGCAUAUUCAGUGAUUUCCCAAAUCCACUGUGUUCUCUAUUUUCCUUCUUUCUCGCUCACUUCUCUUUUUUUUCAGUCCACCUUUUUUAUCCAGCCCCCUCAGAAGUCCUCCCCUCAUAUGCUUCUAGCUUGCUGGGAGUUUGUCAAUCUUGCAGGCUCUGUGUAGACAAAUGUUGAACCCUGCUGCAGCGAGGACUUACCUACCGACUUAACUACAACAAUCACAGGGAAGAAGACUGUUGCUUGACUGUGACUCUGGACGCCUUCAGUUCCAAUCAAGUGAUGGCCUCCCCUUGAGGGAUUUUCUUGUGUUAUGUGAGACAUUUGAUUAUAAUUGUUUGAGCAGUGUGAUCAUAGAUAGGGAAUGUGCCGUGGAGUGUGAUGAAUUGAAGAGUGCAGUGUGAGGAUUAAGAGUUCCCUCAGGUUUACCUAAACCCUGCAUUAGUGACAAAACCAAAGUAACCACCUCCAGAUGUUUGAGAGCACAGCCUGACUAUCUACAAUGGACAUUGCCCUCUUCACACUACAACGCUUACUCUUUCCUUCUUUGGCUGUGGCCAAGUUAAUGCUUAAUCUAAAUACAGAUCCUUAAUUGCUGAGGCCAAGCCCUGUUUAUGAGAGAAAGGUUACGUAGAUGCAUGCAGAUCAGUCAGUGUAGACCAGAGGCAGAUAGGCUCAGAGACGCAUUUCCAGCUGGAAAGGAACCUUCAGGAGUGACCAAAGGAGGCAGCCACAAUGCCGCAGUACGCCGGCAUGUCCAAGAUUAUCGCCGGUGCUUUCGCCCUUCUGUCGGCGUCUGCCAUCACUGGCCUCAUCACCAUGGUCAUCAUAUACAAAAUUGAGAUCGGUCCAAUGAAACCAACACCUCGUCCGACCUUGGCGUCCACCACCACAUCCCCACCACCGGUCAUGCGACUGCCCAAGAACCUUAAACCUGAUAGCUACGACAUCAUCAUCCAGCCUCAGCUCUACUCGAGAAUCAUAGAGGAGGUCAAUGUCACAACCCCCAACCAGACACUGCUCUUUACUGGAAACUCUACUGUCCACUUCCACUGCGUCCAAGGCACAAGUUCAAUCUACCUCCACAGCAAGGACUUGACAGUUUCUUCUCCGCGUGUGCUGGACAAAGCCACAAACGAGCAAAUCAGUGCUUCCCAGCCAGUUCUGCAUCAAGACGAAAGCAACUUCUUGGAGAUCCAGUUGGAUGAGUCUUUGAAAGCAGGAGGGAACUACAGUUUGUUUCUGGCUUUUGAGGGAGCAAUAUCAGAUAAUCUGGAGGGGCUCUAUGUAAGCACAUAUAUCGAAGGUAGCCUGGCUUAUGAAGGUGACACAAAUGCAGAGAGAUUCCUUGCUGCCACAAACUUGGAGCCAACAGAUGCAAGGAGAUUGUUUCCUUGUUUUGAUGAGCCAGAAAUGAAAGCUGUGUUUCGUGUGACGAUCAUCCACAGACGAAAGACAGAAGCUCUGAGCAAUGGAAUGAGAUCAGUCUCGAAUAUUAUAGAUGACGAUUGGAAAUACACUCGUUUUUUUCCAACACCAAAGAUGUCGACCUACUUGUUUGCCUUCACGGUUUCAGAGUUUGAAAAAUCAGUCGAAUCCAAGUCAAAUCGUGUAAAAAUAAAAACUUAUGCCCGUCCUGAAGCCAUUGCAGCAGGACAUGCUGAAUAUGCCGCCAACAUCACUGGACAGAUCCUCUCAUAUUUUGAGGACCAUCUUGAAAUUGAGUAUGGCAUGAACAAGCUUGACCAAAUUGCACUGCCAGACUUAGUUUCCUUAGCAAUGGAAAACUGGGGACUAGUCACAUACCAGGAAGGCGUUUUGCUCUAUGAGGAGGGAAUUUCUUCCCUGUUGCACAAGGAAGUAAUCACCAGUAUUAUUGCUCAUGAGCUGGCACACCAGUGGUUUGGUAAUAUGGUGACAAUGAAGUGGUGGAAUGAACUUUGGCUGAAUGAGGGCUUUGCAACCUACAUGUCAUACUUUGCUGUGGACAAAGUUGAACCUACAUUUCAAAUAAAAGACGCAUUGAUCAUGUACGACCUACACAUGGCGUUCGAGGAGGAUGCUCUGGCCUCCUCUCAUCCUCUCAGUCCUCCACCACAAGAUGUUGAGACAACUUCAGAGGUUAUUGGGAUGUUUGACGCUAUCAGCUACAGUAAGGGAGCGAUGGUGCUGAGAAUGCUGGCCGACUUUGUGGGAGAAAGGGUUUUCACCAAUGGGAUCAGAAUGUACCUCAAGACUUUCAAAGGAGGAAACACAGAGCAAAACGAUCUCUGGGACUCCAUACAACUGGUGAGAAAUGAUGACAGUCACUUAAGCAUUUCCAAGAUGAUGGAACCAUGGACCACACAAACAGGCUAUCCUGUUAUCACCAUCGACACUGACAACGGAGAAAUCUACCAGAAGCGGUUCCUGUUCAAUAACACUGCUGAAUCUAGUCUCUGGUGGCCCAUCCCAAUCAGGUACAUGACUGAGGACUCUGAGCCUUCAUUUGUCUGGCUGGAUGUUAGAGGCCCAGUCAAGAAAGAAGAAUUCAUUUCCAAGAGUGGUGAGUGGAUCCUGGCUAACAUCAACUGUGCUGGAUACUACAGAGUCAAUUACAACCUGGAAAACUGGAAGCGCCUCCUGACUCAGCUGGAAAAAGACCCAGAUCGAAUCCCACCGAUGAACAGAGGGCAGCUUGUUGAUGAUGCCUUUAACUUGGCAAGAGCCAAACUGCUGGAUGUGGCUCUGGCUCUGAAUUCAACCCGCUUCCUCAGUAAAGAAAGGGCGUACCUUCCCUGGGAGUCAGCAGAAAGGAAUCUGAAGUACUUUGUCCUCAUGUUUGACCGCUCAGAGGUGUAUGGACCCAUGCAGCUGUACCUCCGAGAAAAGAUCAGAGGGCUGUAUGACUUCUUCAGGAAUGAAACAGACACAUCAACAGUCCCAAGCGAUCACACUUUGCAGCACAACCAGAUCAUUGCCAUAGACGUGGCCUGUUCCAGUGGACUCCCAGAAUGCAUUGAGAUGGCUCAAGAGAAGUUUGCUGCCUGGAUGGACACCAACAGGACCAACAGUAUCCAUCCCAAUCUGCGGUCUGUAAUUUACUGCCAAGCUGUGGCUGCUGGUGGGAAGACAGAAUGGGAGUUUGCCUGGGAGAGGUUUCUGAACUCCAGUGACACCUCAGAGAGAGACCAGCUCCGACAUGCUCUCUCCUGUUCCAGGAAGACCUGGCUACUCAACAGAUACCUGGAUUACACUUUGGACCCUGAGAAGAUACGUCUGAUGGAUGUUGCUUCCACAAUAAAUUACAUUGCUGAAAAUGCUGCAGGGCAGGCGCUGGCCUGGAACUUUAUCAGAGCGCACUGGGACUACGUCAGUCAGGGGGAUCCAGCGAUGCUGAUUGAGGGAGUGACCAGAAGAUUCUCCACUAAAUUUGAACUGGAAGAGCUGGAGCGUUUCUCAGUGGAUUAUGAGGUCCAUGGUGCCUUCAGGGCCGUGCAGCAGGCCAUAGAGCAAACCCAAGUCAACAUCCAGUGGGUCAAAGAGAACAAGGACGUUAUCCUGGAGUGGUUCGAAAGAGAAACUGCACAUUUAGAGUAACAGUAACACUAGACAGAUUGUUUCCGGUGCCUCUCGGAUCACUUUUCAGACCAGCAGAUGGAUAUUAAAAUGACAGAUCAGCAAACUGUACCAUGACUGUGCAACUUUUUUUGUAGCAAGGACAAGAACAGAAGUGUGGUAGUGUUUAUGUAAAUACUAAUGUGCAAUAUUUAUAUAGUAUAUUUUCAAUGCAAAGAGUGAGAAUAUAAGAUUUUAAUUAACUCCUGUUUGUGAAAUUUGCACAAGCCUCUCAUCCAGGAUCGCUCCAUUAAAAAGUUGUAUCUUUGAUUUAAGACAAAGAUUAACUCUUCAGAAAUCUUUUCUUUUUGUUGCCGCUGGCUCUUUCUCAGGAUGAUCUCAUAAUGGAUGGAUGUAUGUACUGAGUGUUCAGGAGUUGUGCUGUUCUGAUUCAACUCAAACAUGCAGCUAAAUUUUAACAGCAUCCACAUGCUGCCAAUCUCCACACGCAUUUCUUACAUUUACAUAAGUCCUCAUGUGUAUUAUAUUUGUAAUAAUCAAAAAACCAAUUAUGUUGUUGAAAUGGUUAUUUUUAAUAAUAAAACUAUUGU